UUGACCGGACACGAGCACAGCCUGAGGCAGGUGAAGGCACAGGUGUCUGAGGCCAGCUGUCGAUGGUCGGACACAAACCCGGCAACUGAGAGGAAACUAGACGAUGGACCGCCAAGAUCCGUCCCUCUGCAUUGUAACGCCGCCAUCCAAUGGGAAGAGGACGUAGACGGAGCCAGAAUGAGUGCCGAGGUGCUUUUGGAGGAAACGCUGAUCAAGCGUUCGCAGCAGAAGAAAAGGACUUCGCCCCUGAACUACAAGGAGAGGCUGUUUGUCCUGACCAAGAGCAGGCUGACUUACUAUGACGGCAAGGCCGAGAAGAAGUUCAAGAGGGGCUCGAUCGAGUUGAGGCGCAUCAGAUGUGUGGAGAUUGUCAGGAAUGGGGGUGGGAGUAUCCCCUGCCAAUACAAAUACCCUUUCCAGGUGGUGUACGACACCAACACCCUCUAUGUGUUCGCUCCCAGUCUGAACAGCAGAAUCCAGUGGGUCCAGAGCCUCAAAGAAGAGAUCAAGGACAACCCACUGGUGUUGAUGAAGUUCCACCCUGAGUUCUGGCUGGAAGGGGUGUGGCUCUGCUGCAGGCAGGCAGAAAAACAGGCAUGCGGCUGUGAGGAGUACAACCUGUUCGGAAACAUUACCAGAAAACCUUUACCCCCAAUUCCUGGAGAGGAAAGCAGACGCCGGCCCCCUCCUCCUGCUCCCCCGGGCGCAGAGAAUGACGAGGAGGAAGAUCAGGAUGAAGACGAUGAUGAUGAAGAUGAGGAGGUGGUGGUGGCUCUGUACGACUUUCCGGCCACCGAGCCACACGACCUGAGCCUGGUGAAAGGAAGCGAGUACCUCGUCCUGGAUAAGUGCGACAUCAACUGGUACAGGGCGCGCGACAUGUAUGGCGAGGAAGGCUACAUCCCAAGUAACUAUGUGACCGAGAAGAAGUCCGGAAACCUGGUGCAGUAUGUGUGGUACAGUAAGCAAGUCAACAGAAACCAGGCAGAGGAGCUGCUGAGAAAAGAGGACAAAGAGGGAUCUUUCAUCGUCAGGGACUCCAGCACCCCGGGAACGUACACAGUGUCCCUCUACGCCAAGUCUGUUGGAGGGGACGGGGGCGCCGCUAUCAAACAUUAUCACAUCAAGGAGACUAAAGGCGUGCCCAACCAGUUUUACCUGGCGGAAAAACACCUCUUUAACACCAUCCCUGACCUUAUCGAGUACCACAAACACAACGCAGCAGGUCUGGUCGCCAGGCUGCGAUAUCCCGUAGGAAAACAAGACAAAUCUGCUCCUUCUACCGCUGGAUUUAGUUAUGAGAAGUGGGAGAUCAACCCGAGCGAACUGACCUUCAUGAAGGAGCUGGGCAGUGGUAAUUUUGGCCAAGUCCGGCUGGGCAAGUGGAGGGCUCAGCACAAAGUGGCCAUCAAGGCCAUCAGGGAGGGGGCCAUGUACGAGGAGGACUUCAUCGAGGAGGCCAAAGUCAUGAUGAGGCUGUCCCACCCGAAGCUGGUGCAGCUGUACGGGGUGUGCAGUCAGCAGAAGCCCAUUUACAUCGUCACAGAGUUCAUGGAGCACGGCUGCCUGAUAAACUACCUCAGGCAGCGGCGGGGCAGCUUCAGCCAGGGGUCCUUGCUGAGUAUCUGCCUGGAUGUCUGCGAGGGCAUGGAUCACCUGGAGGCCAACGGCUUCAUUCACAGAGACCUGGCUGCCAGGAACUGCCUAGUGAACGACGCUCUGGUGGUUAAGGUGUCAGACUUUGGAAUGACCAGAUAUGUGUUGGACAACCAGUACAUCAGCUCAUCGGAUGCCAAGUUUCCCGUGAAGUGGUCGCCUCCUGAGGUCUUCCACUUCUGCAAAUACAGCAGCAAGUCGGACGUCUGGUCCUACGGCGUUUUGAUGUGGGAGGUCUUCACCGAGGGGCGCAUGCCGUUUGAACAGAGUUCAAAUCACGAGGUGGUCACCUUGGUAUCACAGGGUCACCGUCUCUACAGACCAAAAAUGGCCACCCCCGGCUUGUAUGACAUCAUGCAGAAGUGUUGGUGCGAGAGACCGGAGGAGCGACCCUCCUUCUCCCAGCUUUGUCUGAUGCUGUCUGACGCCCUGGAGGAGGACAUCCCAUGACCGCCCCGACCCCUCUCAGCCUCUCCAGCCUCCGCCCUCGCUGCUGCGGCCAUGUGAGCUGCCCUCCUCAGCCCUGGUGCCCUGCCAUCCGGGAGGCUGCUGUGGAAGUGGCAGCAUUCUGCCAGUCGUGCUCCCGGCUUCUGGAACCUAUGAAUCAAAAGAACGGGGGAGUCGCAGCUGCACUGCACUCCCUGAGCAGGGAUGUUCACAGCACACGCCUCCUUAACUUCAGCACAGCUGACACGAAGGCAACAACGGGCAGACCAAAGAACUCCCCUGAUGGACUGGAAAAUGUCUGCUGGACUCUCUGUGUGUGUGUGAAUCCCUCCAUAAGGUUUGGAUUCUUUAACUGACAAAUGAAGGGAAAGGACUGUUUCCACUGAGCAGAAUAUUUAUUCAGUUGGAGGAUUUUUUCCUGCAACAGUUAACAAGUCUCACCAAUUCCUGCUGUGCCUGGUCUUUUGGCUAUUUUUAGGCGGGAUGCUGAUCUGUUUUCAUGUCUCUGCUGUGAAAUUAUGGACCAUAAUAUUAAAUCACUUUACAGAAAACUAAUUAUUUGGUUGUUGUUGUUCUUUCAACAUAAGCUAUAUUUAUGACUGUGUUUGCUUC